AUGGAGCAACACGGCUACGACACACGCGGAUAUGCCCUCUUCAAGGACGACAAUCCCCAGACGCUCUCUAAAGGACAGGUCUGGUCUAUCCGCGAGUCUUUGAUGCGACCUGUCGCCGAAUUCAUCAAGAAACACGACCUUGCUCUGGUCCGCCGCGACAUGUGCUCGGCGAAAUCGCGCGAUACUUCCGUCCGCUCCUGGCUUCACUUUCAUCGUUGCAAGGAAGGCCCCCGUCCCUGUGUCGUUCGUUCCUUCGGAAGAGCUGGCGAUGAAGCCUGGCUCAUGGGAACGCUCAACAAUGGCCAGAUUGCGGAUUUAUCUCUGAUCGUGGACAUGUUCUUCGUCCAGGUCGACCCCGCACCCACAGACAUGACCCCCUCCGAACAACACGUGCAUGCGGGUCCACGCUGGUGCCAGGAAAAGAAGCAAUACAUCUGCGUUCUUUCCACCGAGCAUAAAGGAGUUCGUCCUGCCGGAUUCGAAGGUGAAGACCAAGGCUAUCUUCUUGAGCGUUGGGUGGAGAGAUACGGUUCGCCUGAGGAGAAAGGGCAGCGUUAUGGGUUCUCGCAGCAUCAACUUAACCGCCUCAACACUCUCAAUGUCGCUCGUUGCGAACAGUGGCGGAACAUUAGCACCACCGAGAAAGAGAAGGCUAUCAAACACUUCCGCCAAUUUGUCAAUAGACACCAGCUUGACUACGGUGCCGAAGACCUGCCGCCUGGUAGCUUCAGAUCUCGUGCCAUCCCUUCUCUUUGGAGUGGCAGGAGUGGCAGGAGGUCCGGUCUUAGCGCGUUGUCAAACCUGGGACAUGGACAUGACAGGCGACGACGCAAUUCACGCCCCAGCCUUCGUCGUUAG